AUGUCGCCACACAUCGAGAACUGGGACGACGACGACGACUUCCACGGCGAUCUCUUCGCCCAGAGCGCUUCGUCGCACGCCAACCUCUCGCGCUCGUCGCGCGCCCCGUCGCUUCGCUCCGAGUCAGCCGCAGGCGAGGAGGACUGGCAGGUCCUGCUCGCGCCCAACGACGAGGCCUCCACCAAAGAUGCCAUUUCCUCUGCCAAACAUGCCGGAAUCCCCAUUCCCACCACUGUGCCGUCCUCGGCUCUUCUCGGUGGUACCAUUAAGCGUCUGGGAAAGAAGCCAUCCCGGCAGAAGAUCCACCAGGACGAUGACUGGGCCGACGACCUCGAGCUGCCCGGUCCAAGCUCGGGCACCCUCAAAUUAAAGACUCUCCAGCCGCCUGCUACGCCUUCCCAAGACGACGAUGACUUCGACGAUUGGGCUGAAGGUGGUUCCCUAGGCAUUCGCUUUGGUGGCACGCGGCGCGACACACGCACCCGUGGCUCCUCCGUUUCAGCCGCCAUGAGCCCCAGCAUGGGUAGUUGCAUGACCCUCGAGAGCGAGGAUGACGACUUUGGCGGCUUGCUGCUUCCCAAAGAGCCCAUCGACUUCAAUGCCAUUCUGCGCAAGCGCCAGGACGUCGAGACCGACGAUGAAAAGACGCCCCAGCCCGAGCCGCGCCCUCCGCAGGAAGGCGCUACCGAGCCCGAGCGACAGGAAGAGCAUGAGGAAGCUGCAGAGGCCGCUGCGCCGCUUCCAGAUGGAGAGACCGCGCCGCAGUCCGAGAACGAGACCCUACCUGAUCCGCAAGGCGAGCCGCCGGCUGAGCCAGAGCCACAAUCUGCACCGCACCCAGAGCCGGAGCAACCCUUGCCACCUGCGACCCUGAAGUCUGUUCCCGAGGACGACGACUUCUUCGCUGAUUUAGACAUGGGUUCUGGCGAUAUAUUGGAUCCCGCAAAACUAACUGUUAACCGCAACGUCAAGGUCAAUUCAAACAAGCCUCAACCCACGGCGAGCGUUCGCGCGACCACGACUCUAACCUUCACCGACAAGCCGUCCGUCUCCUCUACCUCUCGCAUCCCGAGGCCAAUGGUCCCUGUGGCUCCUCGGUCCCGUCUUGAUCCCGUCUACGAGCCGGGCGCAUUCCAUCAAAACCGUCACGGUCGCAUAGGUCCCACUACAACUAGCGCCCAAUUGUUGAGAGCCAAGCGGUCUGCCCCAGUGCUUCGCAGUGACUACAAACCAAGCAGCAAACAGCCGACCAAGCCUUUUCUUCCUGCUGGCGUAUCGACAAGGCAGUCGCAACACAUCACCGCCAAGUCGUCUACCGGUCAGCUUCGUCGCGAUUCUGAUCCCCGCGCUCUGUCGCCCACCCCGCGAACAUAUUCUCGCCUCUCGCGCCAGGUGGAGACACCAAGUCGGACCGGAAACAGAAAGGACAUUGCUCCUGCUUCGCUCGUCCGCGAAGCUGCAACCAAGCGCAUGUUCACGAAGCCCGCGCGGAAGCGCAAUUUUGGUGACGGCUCCGAGCUUGAUGCGUUUGAUGAUCUACCAACUUCUGUAACCAAGGAAAGCAAAUACGUCAAACAACCUUCCAACCGUCAGCCAUCGAAGAUGAUCAGACAAGUCAGCCACAGCAAGCUGCCAGUCAACCCCGAGCGAUCGCAGCAAAGCCCUCAGCCUCCGCCGACGCCGAAGAGAACGCUCAAACGCGAGAACACACCCAGCUUCGCACGUGACACCGCGUCAAGUCGCAUAGCCAGGGAGGAACGACUAGGUGGGCCCAAGCGACGACCGGAUUCCGGGCCAUUGAUGCCGAUCAACACUAACUGGAAAGCUCAAGUCGCCUCACGCAACCCGAGUCCCCAAGCGCAUAGAAAGAAGGGGACGGGGCAGAAGCCCUACCUCAUCAAGCAGAUGAACACGCCUGCAGUCAAGAACGAGAAGGGCAUGACGUACAACCCCGUUCUCCAUCGUUGGGAGGGUAACGAAGCCGCACUCCACCGAUUUUCUUCACCUGUGCAGGAGAUUAAGCGUCCGCGUAUCGCCUCUCACCACUCAUACUCGCAUUCUCAACCUCAGGCUCAAAUCUCGAGUCAUCAGCACACGCGUUCGACGCCAUCAUUCCCGACUCCGGCGGCUGCACCGCACGCGAGCUCGCCACCGCGGCCAGCUCUUAUCUCUCACAUCUCAUCCUCUCGUGGCGUUCAGAUCGAGAAAGGCAUGGUCUUCGAUCCUCGCAAGAUGUGCUGGCUUAAGCUUGACCCACGCCAUACUGGCCCACUGUCUCCUGCCGCCUCGAUUGGCGACGAAUCUGAUCCUUUCGCCGACAUCGAGGACCUCAAGGAUGACAUCGACGUCGGUGCUGGUGCUGGUGGAUACUUCUCCAUCCAAGGCGGCCCUAGCGUUGCUCAGACUCCUAUGGAUACCUUUGUGUCUGAGGAGUUCGACCUUGGACCCGGCUUCAUCCGACGCCAGCGCGAAGAGGAAGAAGUGUGGCGAAGGAGAGUUGAGGGCUGGGUUGGCGGGAGGAGAGAAUAUCUUGGCGAAGAUUGGCGAUGGUCAAUCAGGGACUUGUCCAUUGAAAUGGCCGAGCAUCUCCCAAGGUAG